AUGCAAAACGUAUUUUGUGUCGCGCCAUAGAACCCGUGUUCACAGCACGAAAGCGGCUUUCGCGACGCUUCCCACGCACCCUCGCUUCCUCCCAAGAGGCGGCCCCGGGGCUGAGGCGGCGGGCUCGCCAGUCGCAACUACGAGAUGCUCACUCGCCAGCGCCACGGCCGCCGCCGCCUCCUCGACCUCACGCGUCUUUGCACCUGCGCCUCGCCAACCCAGCAUCCCGCUCCCUCCUCCGCCUCCUCCGAUGCCGCCCCCGACGCCUCGCCCGGCGGCCUCGACCCCGCCGCGCUCGCCCCCGACGACGCCAUCGCGGCGCUCCCGGCCCUCGCGGGCUCCGCGGCCGCGCUCGCGCUCUUCCGCCGCCUCGCCGCCCGACCGGACCUCCGCCUCCUCAUGCGGCUGUACGCCACGGCGGCCACCGCCUUCGUCGCGCGGGGGAACCUCCCCAUGGCGCACGAGGCGAUGCGCGCGAUGGUGGCGGCGUUCGCGGAGGCCGGGCGGCUCCGGGAGGCCGCAGACAUGGUGCUCGAGAUGCGGAGCCACGGGCUCCCGCUCUGUGUCGAGACGGCCAACUGGGUGCUCCGCGUCGGGCUCCGCCACCCCGGGCUCUUCGAGCGCGCGCGCGAGGUGUUCGACGGAAUGACGCGGGGCGGCGGGGUGCGCCCCGACGAGCGCAGCUUCCGGGCGCUCGUCCUCGGGUGCUGCCGGGAGGGGCGCUUCGAGGAGGUCGACGCCCUGCUGGUGACCAUGCGGCAGCGUGGGUUCUGCCUGGACAACGCGACGUGCACGGUGGUCGUGCGCGCGUUCUGCCAGCAGGGACGGUUCAAGGAUGUCUCCGAACUGUUCAGGUGGAUGUCGGGGAUGGGCACGCCGCCGAACAUGGUCAACUACACGGCAUGGAUUGAUGGUCUGUGCAAAAAAGGCUACAUCAAGCAGGCGUUCCAUGUGCUGGAGGAGAUGGUCGGGAAGGGGCUGAAGCCGAACGUGUACACGCACACAUCGCUGAUCGAUGGGCUCUGCAAGAUUGGGUGGACGGAGCGGGCAUUCCGGCUGUUCCUGAAGCUUGUUAAGAGUAGCUCCUACAAGCCGAAUGUGCAUACGUACACUGUGAUGAUCGGAGGGUACUGCAAAGAGGGCAAGCUUGCUCGAGCUGAGAUGCUGUUGGGGAGGAUGGUUGAGCAGGGACUGGCACCAAACACAAACACAUACACUACGCUGAUUGAUGGUCACUGCAAAGGAGGCAGCUUUGAUCGCGCAUUUGAGCUUAUAAAUAAGAUGAAGCUGGAAGGUUUCCUGCCCAAUAUUUACACGUACAAUGCUAUCAUUGGUGGUUUUUGCAGAAAAGGACAGAUUCAAGAAGCUUACAAGGUGCUCCGAAUGGCAACUAGUCAGGGGCUGCAUCUUAAUAAGGUGACAUAUACUAUACUGAUAACUGAGCACUGCAAACAGGGCCACAUUACGUAUGCCCUAGAGUUGUUCAAUGGAAUGGCAGAAAAUGGUUGCGAUCCAGAUAUAGACACAUACACCACCAUCAUUGCUGCAUAUUGCCAGCAAAGGCAAAUGGAACAAAGUCAGAAGCUGUUUGACAAAUGUCUUGCUAUAGGAUUAGUGCCAACAAAACAAACUUAUACCUCAAUGAUUGCAGGAUACUGUAAAGUUGGCAAAUCGACCUCAGCUUUGAUGGUCUUUGAGAGGAUGGUUCAACAUGGAUGCCUACCUGACUCUGUAACUUAUGGGGCCCUAAUAAGUGGGUUAUGCAAGGAAUCCAGGCUAGAGGAAGCAAGGGCAUUAUACGAGAGCAUGCUUGAUAAACAUUUGGCGCCAUGCGAUGUAACUCGUGUCACUUUGGCUUUUGAGUAUUGCAGGAGGGAGAAAACAAGCAUUGCUGUGUCAUUCUUGGAUAGACUGGACAAACGGCAACAAGCUCACACAGCAGAUGCGCUAGUUAGAAAGCUCAGUGCUCUGGGAAAUUUGGAUGCUGCUAAUCUUUUCCUUAAAAAUGUUCUGGACAAGCAUUACACUGUUGACCAUGUAACUUAUUCAAGCUUUGUCAAUUCAUGCUAUAACAGCAAUAGAUAUGCCCUAGCUUCUGAAAUAUCAGAAAAGAUCUCGAAGAGGAUCUCUAACUUUCAGAAAAAGGAUGCCACAGCCAUUGCUUGAUUACUAGAGUAAUCCAAAUUUUGUCUACCAACGCAGCAGAGAAUUUCAUAGUAGUUCUCAAUGCUCCUUUUUAGCAGAGCUGCUAUGUCAAUCAAUUAGCGAUCAAGGUCUACAUGACCAGAUAAAUUCAUGACUGAACUGGGUUAGAAGUGCUUGGCGAUGGUAUGGAAUCUGCUUUUGCAUAAACUAUAUGAGAAGAAACAAGGUAAGUUGUUCAUAAGGUGAAGAAAUUGUGAUUUCCUUGGCAUUUUAGUAACUUCAUUUCGGCCUAAUUUUAAUUUGUCUGAUGCAACUCCUGCGAAUGCUUUUGUUUCUACCAGUCAACAGGCCUUUCUUAAAUACUUUGAAGAUAUUCAAUGCUAUAUAAUACAUCUGCAUUUUGUAUGAUGGAUUUAAGGUUUGUUCUUUCCCCGCUGUACCUUGUUAUGAAGAAUAUACUUCAUUUUAUGCUAUUUGAAACUUUAGACGUGUAGGUUCUGUUUAUCUGUAUUCUACUUUCUACAGAUGUUAUUCCGUUUAUUUAAACCUGUGUUCAGUGGUUCAAGCUCCUAAGAUUGUUCUUGGUAUUGUAACAGUAAUGCUGCUGUCGCAUUCAUGCUUAUCUUUCACCAUACAGACUUCGACCCUAGCUCUGAAAGUCAAGCUGGUUGGAAAUCAGCGAAUUUCCUGCAAAAACUGAGAUCUAGCUAAUUACAAUAAUAUUAUGAGUAAUAUUAUGGAAAUAAUAUUAUUGAUGACAGCAUCCUGAAAAUCAGCGGCAGACCUAUGUGUAGGCCAAUUGAAAUCUCUUAAUGAUGCGGCUAAACUGAUUCUUAGGAAGGAAUAAAAUUGCACAUUUAGUGCUAUUGGCUCCUUGAUUUUACUUCAAACUCACUGCUGAAAAUGGAGCAAACCUGAUCGGUAUGCUCAUAACUUGGGGACACUCGUCCCCAGUUAGAUAAAAUUCAGUGACUGCGGGUGUUCCUGGGAACUCUUGGUAGCUGCCACCUAGGCAAAAACAUUGAUCCUCCGAUGUGGGGAUCCUCCACAGUUGGUUGAGAUGUUUAUGUUGUCAUUACUGAACAUAUUUGAUUUUGAGCUUGAUGUGAUCAUUUUUUGUUUUGACCGAAAGAUCCCUAUGAUCAUUGUUUGUUUUUUGUAUUCCUUACAUGCUAUUUUUUGUCGUAACGAAACUCACGUUAUCAAGGUUGACGCCAUACAAUAAUACUCUAAUAUCUCAAGUUUUCUUUGUUGGUUGCAUCUUUAUUUGAUUGCUCCAUUGCACUGGUCCUGGCACAUGUACAAUUUAAUCAUAUUUUUGUUUAAAACUGUUAGACGGCACACUGUGGACAGAAGUUCACUUCAGAUAAUUGCUGAAGUUUUUGUCUUUUUAGGCUAAAUUCUGAAUGGAAUUGUUUUUUCAAGGUUUGAUGUUUGGGAAUUUCUAAUAAUCAAUAAUACACACAUCAGAGAAUUUCAUU